AUGCAGGUCGUUGACAAGAAUGUCGAUCCUGAAAUGACUUUGUUGACAUAUUUGAGAACUAAAUUGAACUUUACUGGAACAAAACUUGGAUGUGCCGAAGGAGGAUGUGGAGCUUGCACUGUUAUGAUAUCUAAAUACUCGCCUUCAGAGAACCAAAUAAGCCAUUAUUCUGUGAAUGCAUGUUUAUCACCAGUUUGUGCUGUGCAUGGAUUGGCUGUCACCACCGUUGAAGGCAUUGGCAGUACGAAAACCAGACUGCAUCCUGUGCAGGAACGAAUAGCUAAAGCCCAUGGAUCUCAGUGUGGGUUCUGUACUCCUGGUAUAGUAAUGUCCAUGUAUACACUGUUAAGAAAUAAUCCCCAACCUUCCUAUGAUGAGAUGAUGGCUGCAUUUGAAGGAAACUUGUGUCGUUGUACAGGAUAUCGACCUAUUAUACAAGGAUACAAAACUUUUACUAAGGAAUAUUGCUGUGGUGAUGCUGGAGUUAAUGGAUGUUGUCAAAAUCAAAAUGCAACAACACAACAGGAGGAGGAGGAAAUGUUGUCUUCCACUAAGCUGUAUAAUGCAAAUGAGUUUGUACCAUUUGAUCCUACACAAGAGCCAAUAUUUCCACCAGAAUUGAAGAAUCAUGCAGAUCAAUAUAGUAAGACCGUGCAGUUCUGUAGCGAUAGAUUGAAAUGGAUCAGACCAGUGUCAAUUGAUGAAAUACUGGACUUAAAAGCUCAGUAUCCAGACGCAAAGCUAAUUAAUGGUAACACAGAAGUAGGUGUUGAAGUGAAAUUUAAGAACCAACACUAUCCAGUAUUAUUGACUCCAUCACAUAUACCAGAACUGAAGAGAGUUGAAAUAACUGAUACUGGUGUGGUUUUUGGAGCAUCUGUUUCACUCUCAGUGAUAGAUAAAGUACUCAAGAACCAAAUAGAAUCACUUCCAGAAUAUAAGACUGGUGUAUUUUCUGCUAUUGUGGAAAUGUUACGUUGGUUUGCUGGUCCACAAGUUAGGAAUGUGUCGGCAAUCGGUGGUAACAUAAUUACAGCUAGUCCAAUAUCUGACUUGAACCCCUUAUUAAUGGCUGCCGGAUGUAAACUGACUUUAAUAUCUAGAAGUGGUACCAGAAAUGUUGUUAUGAAUGACACAUUUUUCACUGGGUACAGAAAAACUUUACUAGAAAAAGAAGAGAUUUUACUGUUUGUUCACAUUCCACAUACAAGACAGGAUGAAUAUUUUUAUGGUUACAAACAGUCGCCAAGACGUGAAGAUGACAUCGCCAUAGUCAAUGCCGGUAUGAGGGUCAUUUUUGAACCAGGCACACAUAUAGUUAGAGAGAUUGCACUAAGUUUUGGCGGAAUGGCUCCUACUACUGUCUUGGCAACUAAAACAAUGAAAGCCUUGGUUGGCAGAAAAUGGGAAGAAAAUAUGCUGGAUGAUAUAUGUGAAUUGUUAAAGAAGGAUUUACAGUUGUCGCCAUCAGCCCCUGGUGGAAUGAUAGAAUACCGAAAAACUCUCACCGCUAGUUUCUUCUUCAAAUUUUACCUUACCGUGAUGAAUAAACUCCAUGCAAAAGAGGUUAUUGAAGCCUCAGUUCCCUCAUCUUACAAGACUACCAUAUCACCUUUACAAAGAGAUAACAUCAAAAGUUCUCAGUUGUAUCAGGAAGUUGCUGAUGGUCAGCCUGCAGAUGAUGCAGUAGGUCGACCCUUAGUUCAUCUUUCAGCUUUUAAACAAACAACUGGAGAAGCAAUUUACUGUGAUGACAUCCCUCCCAUAAAUGGUGAACUGUAUUUAGCAUUUGUGACAAGUACCAAAGCCCAUGCUAAAAUUAGAUCAAUAAAGAGUGAUGAAGCUACAUGUUUGGAUGGAGUGCAUGCAUUUAUUACAUACAAGGAUGUACCAGGCAGUAAUAGUACUGGUGUAGCAGUUUAUGAUGAAGAAGUUUUUGCAUCAGAAAAAGUAGUAUGUGUGGGUCAAAUAAUUGGUGCUAUAGUGGCUGAUGAUAAGGCUAUUGCUCAGAGAGCUGCUAAACAAGUUAUUGUGCAUUAUGAUGAACUUGAUCCUAUUAUCACAAUUGAGGAUGCCAUUUCUAAGGAAUCCUAUUUUAACGCCAUACACACAAUUGCAAGGGGUAAUGUCCAAGAAGGCUUUGAGAUGUCGGAUCAUGUUAUUGAUGGUGAAGUGAGACUGGGUGGACAAGAACAUUUCUAUCUUGAAGCCAAUGCCGCAAUUGCAAUACCUAAAGGUGAAGAUGGAGAAAUGGAAAUCAUAUCAUCAUCACAGAACCCUACAUUAAAUCAGAAACUAGCAGCUAAAGCCUUAGGUGUACCACAAAAUCGGAUUGUGGCUAAAGUGAAACGUUUGGGUGGUGGAUUUGGUGGCAAAGAAACAAGGUGUUGUAUGUAUUCAACAUGUCUGGCUGUAGCUGCACACAGGGUUGGGAAACCAGUGCGCUUUAUGAUGGACCGGGAUGAAGAUAUGUGCAUGAGUGGUUUUAGACAUCCCUUUUUAGCAAGAUAUAAAGUUGGUUUUAACAACAAUGGUAAAAUUCAAUCUAUAGAAAUUGAUCUUUAUAGCAAUGCUGGAUGUUCAUUGGACUUGUCGGCUUCUGUAAUGGAUCGUGCCUUGUAUUCUGUUGAUGGUUGUUAUAUGAUACCAAAUAUCAGAACAACAGGUUACCCAUGUAAAACAAACAUUGCAUCUAACACUGCUUUCCGUGGAUUUGGCGGUCCUCAAGGAAUGUUUGUUAUGGAACACAUAAUUACUGACAUUGCCUACAAAUGUAAUAUUUCACAACAUAGGAUACGAGAGAUAAAUAUGUACAAGGAGGGAGACUUAACCCAUUAUAAUCAGACUUUUAUAACCAAUAAUUCUCUAGACCGGUGUUGGAAGGAAUGUCUUCAGAAAAGUGAUUAUCAAAGACGCAAACGACAAGUGGACAUGUACAAUAGUGAAAAUCGAUGGAAGAAGCGUGGAAUAUCUAUUAUACCAACAAAGUAUGGUAUUUCUUUUACAUUUAAAACUUUGAAUCAGACUGGUGCAUUGGUUCAAGUUUAUACUGACGGUUCAGUAUUAAUAGCACAUGGAGGAACUGAAAUGGGACAAGGGCUGCAUACAAAAAUGAUACAAGUUGCCAGCAGAGCAUUGAACAUCCCAGUCAAUAAAAUAUUUAUCAGUGAAACUAGUACAAAUACCGUACCGAACACUUCUCCUACAGCUGCCAGCUCAGGAUCAGAUCUUAAUGGACAAGCAGUGAAGAUUGCAUGUGAUAAGAUUUUACAAAGAUUGAACUCAUUUGUUCUUAGUAACCCCAAAGGAUCAUGGGAAGAUUGGGUAACUGCUGCAUAUUUAGACCGAGUGAGUCUGUCUGCCACAGGUUUCUACAAGGUUCCCGAUAUUGGUCAUGAUAUGAACACCAAUACUGGUCAUCCAUUUUCAUACUUCACAGUUGGUGUAGGUUGCUCUGAAGUAGAGAUAGAUUGUUUAACUGGAGACCACCAUGUAAUUCGUACUGAUAUUGUUAUGGAUCUUGGGCAAAGUCUAAACCCAGCAAUUGACAUUGGUCAAAUUGAAGGAGCUUUCAUGCAAGGAUAUGGCUUAUUCACAAUAGAAGAUUUGCGUUGGUCUCCUAAUGGUACCUUGUUAACUCGUGGUCCUGGAAUGUAUAAAAUACCGUCAUUUGGGGAUGUACCAACUGUCUUCAAUGUCUCUUUACUUGCCAACUGUCCUAAUAAGCAUGCCAUCUAUUCAUCUAAGGCAGUUGGUGAACCACCUCUAUUUCUAGCGUCAUCUGUCUUUUUUGGUAUUAAAUAUGCUAUAAUGUCUGCCCGAGCCGAUGCUGGUAUCACCAACAUAUUCUGUAUGGACAGCCCUGCCACUGCUGAACACAUACGAAUGGCAUGUCAAGAUCAGUUCACCUCUAAAUUCCCACCAGCUGAGCCAGGAACCUAUGUGCCAUGGUUUAUUAGAAUGUAGCAUUAAUUGCCAUGAUGACUAAAUAGUCAAGAUGGAUCAAUUAUAUAUUUCAGAUCAAAAAGUAGAGCUUUUUGUUAAAUAUACUAUGAUAACCAUCAUGUUACAAAGUUUGUUUCAUUUAUAGCUCAAAAUCAAAAGUUUUACGAAACUUGGAAAUAUUUCCAAUUAAAAAAUAAAAGGAUGUGGCUUAAUUUAAUGAAAUUUCGAAAUGGAAAUCUUUAUAUCUUGAGACUCAAAUUAUAUAUCUGGGUAAUAAUUGGUUUUAAAAAAAAAGUAAAAUUAUUCUUUACAACUUAGUUUGAAACAACAUUAUACUGGAUUUUGCUGUAAAUUCGCCCAUUCGAAAAAUCGCCCUGGGCGGUUCCAUGGCUGGUGGGCCUUUAUUUGGGGUUCAAAUUUUCAAAAAAUGAUCAUCAAAUAUUUU